AUGUGGACUUAUCAGACAAAGCUUACAGCUGAACAUAUACUAUUAGAAUUAGCUUCACUUCCAGGGAAGCGAAGAGAAGACCAACAGCUACAAUUGCAAGUUGAAUACACCGUGAAGAUCCGAAAUGUGUGGACGGAAAUACCGACUGAAGCUAUUUUGGAGAGCGCUGCUACUCAGAAACCAGCCUCCGAGUGGCCUACGGCUGGUGCAAUCAGGUUCUACCGUGUUCAUCUACGCUACCGUCCAGGUCUUCCACGCGUUCUUCGUGGUCUAACUUUUAGCGUCAAUGCAAAGGAGAAGAUUGGUAUUGUGGGCCGAACGGGUGCUGGCAAGAGUAGUUUGAUUGUGGGCCUCAUGCGUCUUGUGGAACUGGACGCAGGCUUCAUCACAAUUGAAGAUGUGGACAUCAGCAAGAUUGGUCUGCAUGACUUGCGUGCCAACAUCGCUAUCAUCCCACAAGACCCUGUGCUGUUCUCGGGCACCGUACGGUCAAACCUGGACCCGUUUAAUCAGUUUGCUGACGAUCAGAUCUGGACGUCGGUAAAGCGUGCAUUGCUGCAGAAUGCUGUCACUUCGCUUGACGACACCGUGGAUGAGAACGGCUCCAAUUUCAGUGUGGGUGAGCGUCAGCUGCUAUCUAUUGCACGCGCACUUUUGAAGCGGUCGAGAGUGAUCCUGAUGGACGAGGCCACUGCAUCGAUCGAUCCAGAGACGGACCGUCACAUUCAACAAAGCAUUCGUGACGAAUUCCGCGAGUGCACAACGUUGACAAUCGCGCACCGUAUCAACACAAUCUUGGACUCGGACCGCAUCCUUGUGAUGGAAAAGGGCGCAGUGGCCGAAUUCGGGUCGCCAAUCGAACUGCAGCGUAUAUCAGACGGCAUUUUCAAGUCUCUCGUUGAUGCCUGGCGCCAGGGCAGCGACAAAUGA